CACGUGCCUAGCUCUUGAUUUCUAUAGUAAAUCUAUAAAAGCAGUUGAAAGUGAUGGUCUAUUUCAUCCAAAGCAGUGUGGUGUACUGAGCAUAGUAUAUGACCUGUUUGGCUAUAUUUUGCCUACCUUGAGCUAUCCCCAUAAAAUCAAUUAGAAUGAUAUUUUAGGGAUGUUUGUAAAUUUCAGAAUAGCUAGACCGUUUAGGUUCCACAGAGCAAAUCGAUUCGUAAUAGCCCAGUAGUUGUAGAUGGAUGCACGAGUAUCCAUGACGAGAUAUCAAACUUAGGCAACAAACCUUGCCUUUCCAGCCGUAAAGCAGAUCCCACCUUCACAACUCCACAUGUCCAUCUUUCAUGAAGAUCUCUGUCGAUCGCAAAAUGGUUAAUUUAACCAUCAUCAGCGGCAUCGCAGUCACCAUCACCCUGAUAGCCGCUUUAAUCCGAGUGAAAAAAGCCUUUGGAAUUAGCCUCGACAAGUCUUUCGCCCGCCUCGAGGCCCGUCUUGAAAAAAAGGAUCACCCCUUCUGGGCGUCCAAGGUUCGCGCAGUCGCCAAGGUGCGAACAGUUGCCAGUCGAAAGAAGCAAAAAGCGUGGAUACGAGAAGCAGAAGAAGCCGAAAAGGAAGAGUUUGCCAUCGUCCAGCGUUCGAUCUACCUCUGCGAAAGAUGGGAUUUAUUCUACCAGCGAUCUCUGAAUCCAGGUCUAACCCCCGAAGAGCAAGACUUAUUCGACAAGAUUGAAAAGGAAUAUUAUGAAGGCAUUGACGGGCGAAGCAUCAAGCUGAGUGAUACCUACUCGCGUCUGGAUCGUGAACGGCCUGCAGGAGCUUGGGUAAGAGAGUUCGAAGCCAUGUCCUACGACCGUCGGUGGCAGCACCAGAUCAAGGAGUGCAAGGCACGCGGGGGCUGUUGCAGUCGCCUGUGCCAGUGCUGCAGCAAAGCACGGUGCGGGCUUGGAGGCCAAAAGGGAAGGGUUGACUGUCGAGCGGCCAAUAUACACUGUACGCCAGAGUGUGGAUGCUGCAUCCGUUGGAAGAGGGACGGUGAGACACAGAUGGAUGAGAUCCAGGAGAAGAAACGGAGAGACUUAGAGUGGGAGAUGAACCUGUCUUUUGUAUAA